GGCGCCGCUAGUGGCGCGAAUUCUCCCCUCUGUCUGAGCCGGAGAGAAAGAAAGAGAACUUGUCCGCCAUGGAUUUAGCCGCUGCGGGGGAUGCUGGGCUGGCGGCAGCGGCGGCGGCGCCGCUCAAGCAAAUCCGCGACGAGGUGGCCGAGAAGUGCCAGAAGCUGUUCCAGGACUUCCUCGAAGCGUGAGUCGUAGGAGCUGCGGGGGGGGAAACGGGGGGGGGAGGGGAGCGAAGUCGGGCGCUUGGCGGUGGUCGUGCGCUGGGCUUUGCUGGACUAGGAGGCCUAGAUAGCCACCCUCCACCUGGGAGCAAGUCCGGCGCUCAUCCGCUUCCCCGUAGCUUUUGCACUUGUGCUUUCCCUUAGUGGGGGGCGGGGGGGGGGAGAGUGUAUAGUAUUUAUCCCCUGACAUCGUGCUUCUCCUGGCCCUAAGACGCUGUUGUUUUUGUUUUGUUUUGUUUGGGCAAGUGUGUUUGAUUGCUGGGAUUGCGCCUCAUUCCCAAAUGUCAACAGGUGUGCCCUAUUUAUUUGGGGGGGAGGGGCGUACGGGGGGGCGCAGUUGCCCGCCCUAAAUCAAUCAAACAAACAAACAAAUAAAACUUAACUACAUAAAUCCUGGCCACGCCCAUGGAGAGAGGGAUAAAUAUUUAACUCUGCUUUAGUUUUGUGCCGGUUUUAAUUGUACGUGUUAUUUAUUUACUGCUGUAAGUUGCCUUGAGUUAGGGUUUUUUUGGGGGGGAGGGACUAAUAAGUUUAAUUAACAAGAGUAGUAGUAGGGGUUUUCCUUUGCAGUAUUCAGCAUCCGCUGUUGUCUCUUCCUGAAUAACCUCAACCUUUUGAAGUGCUGUAAAACAGCUUUUCAACAGCCCCACCUUGUCUUUGCUCAAAUGUAAAUCCGCUGCUGCACCUUAAACUCUUUUGAGGCUUACUUCUGAGGAAGCAUACAUAGGCUCACUCUGCAUAGCUGCAAUCCUAUGCACACUGUCAAUUAUUUACUACUACAUUUCUAUUCGAGGACCUCUAGGUGUUACGCAUGGUUCUGUUCCUGCCCCAUAUCUUCACAACAACCCAGUGGGGUUGGGUGUGCUGAGAGUCAGUGACUGGCCCAAGGUCACCUAAAUGAGUUUAGUGGUUAAGUGGAGAUUUGAACCCUAGUUUCUCAGGUCCUAGUCUAACACUAGGCACUAACCACUACACUAUUACAAAUCAGUAAAAUCCAAUAGAGCUAAAUGAUUCUUGCAUCUGAGUAAACUUGCAUAGGACUAAAAAGCUUGUAAGGGGCUGUACUGUGGGACUCCUUGAUAAAAGGCAGCUAUUUUUUCCUCAUUUUUUCACUGAUUGCAUCAACCCUCCUAACUGUAAUCAUUAUUUCUUGUAAUCUGAUGACCACACCACUGGGGUCUGUGUAUUUUUUUCUCAUAUUUAGAUGCUUCCUUCCUUUUCAUGUGGCAUAAUUAGUGAAAUGACAGGGCUCUUCAGUAUUCUGUGUGCAGCUUAUACAAAAUGAACAUUUUUACUCGCAGCGAUAACUCAGCUUUUCAUUAGGUGUUCAGCAGCAGCAGGGGUUCCCUCCUGUCAAGUGAUGGUGUCUCAUUAUUAGCUUUUAAGCCUUUCUCUUCAUAGUCUUAGCACAGAGUGUAGCAUGUGCGGAGACUCACUAUUUAGGAAACAAUUCCUGCAAACUGUCCCUUAAAAUAUUGCUAUUUUCAGAUUUCAGAACAGUGAUGGAGAAGUUAAAUACUUGCGAGAUGCAGAGGAAUUGAUUCGCCCAGAGAGAAACACGUUAAUUGUGAGCUUUGAGGAUCUGGAGCAGUUUAAUCAGCAGCUUGCUACCACAAUCCAAGAAGAGUUCUAUAGGUAAGAAGGCUCCAGUAAACAUGCUUUAUUGAAUAGUUGGCUCCAUCAUAACUAUUUUACCCAUCCUGGGUUUUAUUAGAGGAGUUCUAAGUCAAGGCUGGGGAACCUGUGGACCUCUGGAUGAUGUUGGGCUCCAGCUCAUGCCCCAUAGCCAGCAUGGGCGUUGGUUAGGGAUGAUGGAAGAUGUAGUUCAAAAACAUAUGGAUGGUCACAGGUGCCCCAUUUCUGCUCUAAGUAACAUUAAGAAAGAAGGGAAUAUGUUUUCACAGUUAAAGGUGCUUGUCAUUCACAGCCCUCUGGUGGUGGUUUUUUAAAGUAUAGUCAGGCAUACGAAAUAACGUUUGCAAAGUUGUUACUUGAACAAAAAGCCAAACAGAUUUGUCAGACAACAGUUUUAUAUUUUUCACUUGUUUUAAUAUUACUGUAUUUUACCAAUGUACUUUUCAAGAUAUUUUAAAGGAUAGAAAUUCAUGAUGUAUGCUGCUACUUUGAUCCAAAGGGUAUAAAAUAAAGAUUUGCAUCACUAAAACUUGUUUUUCUCUUUUAGAGUCUAUCCUUUCUUGUGUCGAGCUGUAAAAACCUUUGCUAGAGACCAUGGAAAUGUUCCCCCCAAUAAGGACUUCUAUGUUGCUUUCCAGGACCUACCUACCAGACACAAGUAAGAUACAUUGAUACUGUAAAGAUGUAAGCAUACAAGUUAGUAAGGUAACUCCAAAUAAGCUCCUUCUUUGUAGGAUGUUAUUUACAAUUCAGGAGCCUUCAAAUGGCCUCCAUUAACUUGUGAGUCAUAGGCUACCCAUGCCGAUUAUACCAUCAUUUCAGCUAUCAGACUAUACUGAUAGCCAACAUGGUUUUAUCAAGUGGAGUGAUGCUAAUGCAUACAACCAUACUCCCAUCAAAUUUUUCUUUUUUAGUGAGGGGAACAAUACACUUAUGCCUUGUGUUCUAUAUAGUUAAAAGAAAGUGUGCAGGAGAUUGCCAUGUGGGUAUGCUUCAGAAAUAUGGAGAGAAGUUUUUUUUCAGACUCUGAUGAUGUUUUGCGCGAAGACAUGGAUAGCGAUUUUGCAGAUAUGAGGCCUACUACCUGUGCUUUAGACCCUUGCCCGUCCUGACUAAGAAAAGUUGCCCAAUAAGAACUAGCUGUGUGGGUUAAUGUUGUGGCAAAUGCUUCUUUCCAUUAAAGUAUGAAACCCAUUGGGUCUCACGGUGGCAUCUUAGCUCCAGGUUUCCCUUAAUGAAAUGGGCCUAGAAAAUCAGUUUCAGCCUGGCUUCCAGCCUGAUCAUGAAAUGACUUUGCUAUCCUUUGUAGGUGGUGACCUUUGCCAAAAAUAAAAUGGGGAAGUGUGUCCUGUUGAUUCUGCUGGACCUUUAUGUGGUGUUAGACACUGUCAACCCUGGUGCCUUGUCUGUUUACAAUAUUUCAACAAGGUAUUUUUAAAAGUUACGGGGAACAAGAUUUAAAGUCAGCAGCUCAGGUUCCUAAACUUCUAAAGGUUUGAUUACGUCCUCUGUUUAAAUGUCAGGGAAAUCAUCCCACCAUAUUCAGUUGGCUUGCACCUAACUGCUGUGAGCAGAACAGGUACUUCUUUGUUCUUAGCUACAGAACAGAUUGUACUUGUCAGUUCUGGUUCUCUUUGGACAACAAUGGACCAUAAUAGGCCAUGCACUUGCUAUCUGAUUUUCCGAAAUGUAUUUUAAAACAGAUGAGCUUUUGAAUGUGACUUCGUUCUUUAAACAGAAUUCGUGAAAUGACGUCAGCUCGAAUUGGAUCGCUAAUGCGUAUUAGCGGGCAAGUGGUCCGCACCCACCCGGUUCACCCAGAGCUCGUAAGCGGAACAUUCCUGUGCCUGGAUUGCCAGACAGUGAUAAAAGAUGUUGAGCAGCAGUUCAAGUACACACAACCCAACAUCUGCAGAAACCCAGUUUGUGCCAAUAGGAAACGGUUCCUUCUGGACACCAACAAAUCCAGAUUUGUUGACUUUCAAAAGGUAAUUCAGCAAUUGUCAGAAUUUGCGCUGGGUUUGAAAACAUGAUGUGAUGUCAGGUUAGUCUUCUAUACUUGACUGGUUCAGCUGUAAACUUAAAUAAACCAUGGUUUGGCACCACAUGAACUGUAAUUUCCUCCCUGCUUUCACGGGUUUGUGGCAAACCAUUGUAUGCCGUUUAGUCUAAAUUGACAAACUAAAGUUUAUGCUUGCCUUGGAAUCCAGAAUCAAAACAUGGUUUAAAGUCUUGGUUUGAAGGUCACAAAUCUUAGUUUGCUGGUUUUGGACAAUAUAGUAAACUAAACUAUAGUGAAAGGAUGGGAGUCUUGACAUGCAGGAAGGAGAAGAAACUCAGGUGCCUGACAGUAUAGACCUGUUGAUGUAGUAUUAAACAAUGAUUUAGCAUUAUGUCCUGUGUCUCUAAGUGUAAAGUUUUGCUCUUACUACAAGUGGCGAACAUUUUGCACAGGAGAUCCAUUCCUGGCCCUUGUACACAUCAGUGGAGCACGCAUAAGUCCACUGUGCCCUGUUCCACUCCUGUCUUGCCUUUUUCUGGGUCCGACCUGUGCAUCAGCAGUCACAUGUCAGUCGGAUGUACAGAAAACGGUCACCACCUGCACUUGAAUAAAAUGUAGCAAUUUUUGUGUUUUUCCUGUGUGUAAGUGAAAAUCCUUCAAGUGAGGAUACAGUGGAUGCAUCUUACGAAAUGCAUUCUAGCUUAUGCCAUAUUAAAUUAGUUUGUCUUUAAGGUGCCACAAGGCUGCAUUGGUUUCGUUACAGCAGGAUAACACAGCAGUCCCUCUGGAAUAUCUUAUGGGCAGCUCUUGUAAAUUACUGCCAUUCGUCUUCCAGAAUGCUGUAUUCAGACCUGGAAGUUGUCUUGUCUUCAUAAUUGAAGUGAAUAGAGUUCACUCAUGUCAUGCUACCACUGGAGGGAGGGGAUGAAGUCAGAUUUCCCCAGUAACUUCUCCCUGCAACUGCCUGCAUAGCCAGAAAAGCUGCUUCAGCAGGGUGCAGGACCCUCUACAAUUAGCAUGAGAGGUCAGGCACACACACACACACACACACACACACACACAAACCUUGCACAGAUGGAAGGGGCCUGGCCUUCCUUUCACAGGAGGUAAGCUCACAAUCGAAACUAAAGUGUGCAUAUAUUCAACCUAUUAAGAAUAAUUUUCUGUAGUGAAAAAUGUAUUUAAUUAUCAGGUGUUUUUCAGAACCCAAAGAGCAAGAUGCACCUUGUAAAUUUAGGAAUCUGUCUCAGCUGCUGUAGAGAUCAGCAAUGGCGCUGAGAAGUGAUCUCAUUGUGCAGCCUAUAGGGACCACCUAUCUCUAGAUAUUUUUUCACAGUAUUAGAAACAUUCUUGACUUUACCAUUUUGAACCACUUGUGUCUUGUUGCUGUACAGACCUGUCACAUUUGUAAAGUGCUUUCCACUUGAGAAGAAGAAAGGUGUAUCAACAAAAAUCUGCUUUGAAUGCGGGCUUAGACAUUUGUCAUUGAUGGAAGACUAAGAGCUAUAUUUGACAGAAUCUUUUGCUGCUGGUGUAUUGCUUCUUUGGUGGUUGUCUUCUGUUGCUUUGAUUGGUACUUGUCCAGUCUCUGUCCUAGGGGUUGUGGAUUUGUGUCUCGUCUUCUCCACCUUCAUGUUGUUGGACUGUAGGUCCCAUAACCCCUGAGCAUUUACUAUGCUGACUGAGACUUAUGGGAGUCAGAGUCCCAACAACAUCUGUAAGCCCACUGGUUCCUCACUCUCUUCUUACCCCAUCUCAGUUUUUCCCACAGCCAUCAGCAUGGUAGAAAAACAAGCUUGCACUUCUGACAGAGCUCCCUGUGAGAUUUGCCCUUUGCCUACUGAGGGUGAUCUAGACAUUUAAGGGAACCUGCUUAAUAGCUGUGCUGUUACUUUUGUUUUAUGGUGAUGCUCCAUGAUAGCUAUCAGAAAGAGCCUGAAAAUUAAUCAGGUACUGUAUUUGUAACCGUUACCAGGGCUCCUAGAAACUUGAUGUUGGUAAUUAGAAAUUUCAAAAAUUCUGGGUUCUUAAAAAAUGUAAGGCACUUCAUUAGGAAUGCAGCAUCAUUAUCUCCCCCCCCCCCCCCGGUAGUCUUCAUGCUGGAAACAUUUGGGUUCCGUUUUGUAACAUUUUCAGGUAAACUAGUAAUGAUAAGAUAACUUCUUGCUUCUUGACAGCUUGCUUUUCCUAUCUCAUCAGGUGCGUAUUCAGGAGACACAAGCUGAGCUACCCCGGGGAAGCAUUCCUCGCAGUGUUGAGGUGGUACUGCGGGCUGAAGCUGUGGAAUCGGCCCAGGCUGGUGACAAGUGUGACUUCACAGGUUCCCUCAUUGUUGUGCCUGAUGUGUCCCAGCUGUCUACCCCAGGUUGGUUGACCCUGAGCAGAGCAGAGCAGUGUGAGGGACUCCUUCCUUGUUAAGAAAGGGCUUGUGUAGGACAACCUUCCUGAAACUCUGCAGCUUCAGUAUACUUCAAGCAAAAGGCUAGGCUCAAAUUAUUUUCUCUGUGGUGGGAGCUUGUUCGGUGCAGGCUUUGCUAUUACCACCUACAUUCCAAAGUGAAGAGCUGUGCCUUUCUGCCUUUUUCAAAUGUGUAAUAAUAAUAAUAAUAAUAAUUUAUUUAUAUCCCGCACUCCCCAGCCAAAGCCGGACUCAGAGCGGCUAACAACAGUAAAAAUAGCACAGUUUACAUAAAAUCACAGUCAAUUGAAAUACAUUCUAAAAUCAGUUCAGAAUCAAAUUAAUGGCAACCAUUGGGCUAGAGUUCUAUGAAGAUUACGGAAGGAGAGAGGGGGUCAGACUGUGCCUUGGCCAAAGGCCACACAAAACAGCUCUGUCUUGCAGCCCCUGUGGAAAGAUGUCAAGUCCACCAGAUCGGGGCCACGACCGAAAAAACUCUGGCUCUGGUUGAGGCCAGCCUAACCUCCCUGUGGCCCGGGAUCUCCAAGAUGUUUUUAUUUGAAGACCGUAAGGUCCUCUGUGGGACAUACCAGGAGAGGCGGUCCUGUAGGUACGAGGGUCCUAGGCCUUAUAGGGCUUUAAAGGUUAAAACCAGCACCUUAAACCUGAUCCUGUACUCCACCGGGAGCCAGUGCAGCUGGUAUAGCACCAAGUGAAUGUGAUCCCUUGGCAAGGAGCCUCCAUGAGGAGCCUCGCUGCGGCAUUCUGCACCCGCUGGAGUUUCUGGGUCAGUCUCAAGGGCAGCCCCACAUAGAGUGUAGGCUGAAAAUGACCACAUGUUCCUGGAGCAGAACUUAAAAAAGCUCUUGCUCUUAUAGGUGUCCGCGCAGAAACUGGCUCUCGUGUGAGUGGAAAAGAAGGCUACGAAACUGAAGGUGUCAGAGGACUUCGUGCACUUGGAGUCAGAGAGUUAUCCUAUAAAUUGGUCUUUCUAGCAUGUUACGUUGCACCAACGAACCCAAGGGUAAGCCUUACUCAGGAAGAGGAGCUUCCAGAAUAUUUUUCUUGAAGAUAUUAAUGAUGGGAUUUGGUUCUCUUGUCCCCAGGAAAGGUGAGCGCCUACUGUGCCCUUUCAGUGUAUCAUUACGCCAAGCAAUAGAGUAAAGUGGUGGAUUUGACCCUUUUUGGAUACUCUUAUUCAAGAACUAGAACAGCGGAGCAAAUUCUGGGCUAGAACCUUCUAACCUCAUACGCUUGGGGGAGUAUUCUCCCAGCUAUAACCCGAAAUAUUUUAUUGCAUUCUGCCGCCACAUGUUGAAUGUUUAGAUCCAUCCCUAAAUGGUCUCAUUUUGGAGAUAUUUAAAUUGAAGUCCUCUUGUGACAUACUUCCCACCUUUGCCUUAAGGCAGGGUUAGGAAACCUGUGCCCAUCCAGAUGUUGCUUAAUUACAUUCCCCAUCACCCCUGAGCAUUGGGCCAUGCUGGUUGGGGCUGGUGGGGGUUAAGAGUUCAACAGCAUCUGGAGCCCCCCAGCGUCCCCUUCCCUGACUUAAGACAUAAGUUAUUUUCUAGUCUCUGCAAUAUUUUUGCAUUUUUAUAUAUUUUCCCUCAACCCUCUUUGUUUUAGUUUGGUGGCAAAGAGCUGCGAGAUGAAGAACAGACUGCAGAAAGCAUUAAAAACCAGAUGUCGGUAAAGGAGUGGGAAAAAGUGUUUGAAAUGAGCCAGGAUAAAAACCUUUAUCACAACCUUUGUACCAGCCUCUUUCCAACCAUACAUGGUAAGAUCUAAUUGUGGAGCCAUAGUAAUGUUUGCUAUCGUUGACUAAUUUUCUAGGUCAGCUGGAAGCUUUCAAAUUAAAUUCCUAUUGUCUAAUAUGUAUUCAUGUCAAUUAAAAAUGUCUUUUUUUGUUUUGUUAUCCCUUCUGAACAGGAGGUAUCAAAACAGUGAAUUUUGUUUCCUGUAUGUCAUUUGUGGCAUUGUACCCAAAGAGUAAGAUAGGAAUACAGCAAUUGAGAGUUGCGUGCAGUCAUUUUAAGAUUAUUGCCUGUUUCCUGGCCGUUUUUGCAAAUACAUAAUGCUGCUUUUCUGUGCAUUCUUUUUUCAUGGGACCAUGGAAAGAAGAGCCCCUAGUUUUGUUUUACCUUCUAGUUCAAACCUUGCUGUGAGAACAUGAUCCUGUAAUUGUGGGUUUUAAUCUGUACAGAUAACUUCUCUGGCUUUUCCUUAUUCAGUAACCUCUGUGCUCUAAAAGUUGAUUAUAACCCUGGACUCUGAUUUAUAGACCGUUUAAGAUAGCUUAUUCCUAUUGAUUGCUGUGUUAUCUUGGUAAUCACUCUGUCUAACACAAAUAAAUUCGAACUGUAAUAUUUAAGUAUGUUUCGCAAUCACGUCCCUUGUUUGCAUUUUAAUGCCAUAUCGGGGAGAAAUGACGAAGCAGCUAUGAUUUUGAGACUUUCCUGUGGCUAUCCACCAGGCUUGUCAGAGAUUUAACCAGUCCCUGAAGAAACUUGUUUGAAUUUUGAAUUACUGUCUGAAGCCAGCCCAUAACAGCAACUAGAAUCCAAGCUUUUCUCCUGCGUUGUGUUCUUAGAAUUGACUCUAAAUGUGAGCGUCCCCAAAACUAACUGUUAGUUAUUGUGAUGCAGGUAAUGAUGAAGUUAAGCGAGGGGUUUUACUCAUGCUGUUUGGUGGCGUUCCUAAGACAACAGCAGAAAGCACUUCACUUCGUGGUGACAUCAACGUUUGUAUUGUUGGUGAUCCGAGUACUGCCAAGAGUCAAUUUCUAAAGUAAGUUUCUUGCCAACUAGCGUACGGUUAACUUGCAUUGUCACUAGGUAGCUGGUUACAAGUACUUGUUCUUGUAUGUUGUGUUCAGGAGAUUUAGUCUUUGGUAAGAGGAUAUAGGAUUGCUGCCUCUGUAAAACAGUGGCUUUAUGCUGAUUUCUGUGUUGGUCUUUUCUAUCUCUUUACCAGUUAUUCUGGUUUUGGAUUGUAGUUGUAUUUUGUUGUCUUUUAAAUUUGUGAUGCACCAAGAAGACAUUGUUAAUUGGGUUGUAGAGACUUUCAAAAAUAAAAAUAAAAUGACUAGAAUAUAUAUAUACACGCACACACACACAUACACAUAUAAUAAUUCUUUAUUGAUUAAAAAUUUACAUAUCUAUACAAACAUGUGAUAUCUCUUUACAUAUGAAGAAAAAUAAAAUUAGGUAGUAAACAGAAAAUUUAUAAAGUAAUAAAAAAGGAAAAGAAAAGAAUAAAGAAAUUACAAAGAUAUGAAAUUAAAAAAAUCAAAAGAAGAAAAGACAAGAGAAGACAACACUAUUCACACAAUAAAAGUGUUCAUCGACACAAUCCUUCCCAUUCUUCUCAUUAUACUGUCAUAUAAACAUUUUUUUAACACAGAUUUGUGUUGUAUAAUAUCAUUUAUUUCUGCUUUGUAUAUAUUCCUCUAAUCGUUUUCUUUACAAAUAUCACUCAAUUUCUGCUAAUAUGACUAGAAUGUAUUAAAACGCCUAGGUGAAAAAUACUGCUCUUAACCCGGCACUGAAAUGGUAACAGUUUUGAUGCCAGGCAACCUCCUUGUGGGGAGAGUGCCCUCCAUUAUGUCUGCUGAGAAAGCCCCCCACCCCACCCCCAGUAGAUGCCCUCCAUUCUCCUGAUGGAACGAAUACAGGGAGAAGGGCCUCUGCAGGAGAUCUUAAACACUGAGCAGGGUGCUGCUACUUGUUGGAACAAAAACUACUUUCUUGAAGUAAUAAACAUUGUAAUUACUAAAUAGGCUUGCUUUCCCCCCUUGCUCAUGGCUAUCGAAUAAUCAGCUAGGUAAUUUAGAGCCCCGCAGCCUGCAAAACUUUAAAGCCAACUGUAGUGUUUGUGUCGCACUUUCUGAUGCGAAUUGCUGAGUAGCCUGCCAAUUUGAACCAACAGGCACGUGGAGGAGUUCAGCCCCCGAGCUGUCUACACCAGUGGAAAGGCCUCUAGCGCUGCUGGCUUAACGGCUGCUGUUGUGAAAGACGAAGAGUCCUAUGAAUUUGUCAUUGAAGCUGGAGCUCUAAUGUUGGCAGAUAAUGUAAGUUAUCCAAUGCAUAGUAUUUAGUAGCUCUGAAAGGAGGGAGCCCCUUUUGUUUUCAAGUGCGGAAGUACAGUUGUUGAAUCUGCACUCUCUUUUAGGGAGUCUGUUGCAUUGAUGAAUUUGACAAAAUGGAUACGAGGGAUCAAGUUGCCAUUCACGAAGCUAUGGAGCAACAGACUAUAUCCAUUACUAAAGCAGGAGUUAAGGUAAGUGGCUGUGUAUUGCUUGAACUUUGUGUAUCCUUUACUCAGAUGGUAUUGGGAGAGAGAUUUCUUGGCUUCUCCAGUGACCUUUGAGCCAGAUCUUCUUUCCAUCCUUCCCAUUUUCUGUCAAAUAGUUUCAUUCCAUUAGAAGAGCUAAGGAACUUCUUUUCUUACAACUGAAUUCUUCUAGAAGAGGGUGGCAGUCUGUAGUCCAUAUCCAGAACAGGAUAUCUUCCUCUUCCACAACCCUACGUCAAAAUUAAGCCUGGCAGCAGCAGCAGCAGCAGCAACAGCAGUAUUGCUGCUUACCUGGACCAGUGCAGGGGCCCAGAGGAUGGUAGGAAGUUAGUGGCUAUGAGAGUCCUGCAGUAGUCCCAACCUCAUGGUUUUUCUGCGCCACCUCAUCCAGGAAAGCAGCAGGAGCACUACUGUUGGAAGACAUCUGCACAACACCCAACUUUCCAUGCUGGUCACUCCUGUUAAACAUUUCUUCCAGAAAUCUGUCCCACUGUGAAAAACUGGAUAAUUGGGCUAUAAUCCUUUGCAGGCUUUUGGGGGGAGCAAGCUCCAUUGAACCCAGUAGGACAUGAUUCUAAGCAAGAAAGUUAACAAUUGGGCUGCAAUAUACAUCAGGUUAGGGACGCGGGUGGCGCUGUGGGUUAAACCACAGAGCCUAGGACUUGCCAAUCAGAAGGUCGGCGGUUCGAAUCCCCGUGACGGGGUGAGCUCCCGUUGCUCGGUCCCUGCUCCUGCCAACCUAGCAGUUCGAAAGCACAUCAAAGUGCAAGUAGAUAAAUAGGUGGGAAGGUAAACGGCGUUUCUGUGUGCUGCUUUGGUUUGCCAUAAGCGGCUUAGUCAUGCUGGCCACAUGACCUGGAAGCUGUACGCCGUCUCCCUUGGCCAAUCAAGCGAGAUGAGCACCACAACCCCAGAGUCGGUCACGACUGGACCUAAUGGUCAGGGGUCCCUUUACCUUUACGUUAUACAUCAAGUUAGGUGUCCAUAAUUUCAUGGAGUUAGUGGCUUAAGCAUCUGAUAAUUAGGAGCAUGUUGAUGGCCUUAAACAGCAGUAGAAUGUAUUCCUUUUAAAAAGCCUAUCCACAUAAACAAUGAAGAAAGAAGCCUGCAAUGAAAUAUGCUGAUUCUCGCCUUUGUUAUAAAUGUUGCAGGAAAAAUAUAAAUGCUUUAGUGUUGUCUUACACAGUGUUCCUGGAAAUCAUUUUCCUGUUGAUGUAUUUUGGUAGGGUGGAGGAUAUAUUUUUACAUGAUUGAUCAAACUGGCGCCCAGGCACCAUUGAAACUGCUAUGUUUUCUUCCCCAACACUUUUUCUUUAUGCAAUUUGUUAACAACUCUACACUGCUUAGGAAAAGCAAACAAACAUGUUCUUGUUUUAACAGGCUACUCUGAAUGCCAGGACCUCUAUUUUGGCUGCAGCUAACCCAGUUGGUGGACGUUAUGAUAGAGCAAAGUCUCUGAAACAGAACAUAAACCUAUCAGCCCCAAUCAUGUCUCGAUUUGAUCUCUUCUUUAUUCUUGUGGAUGAAUGCAAUGAGGUAAUGUGUAACCUACAUACUGUAUAUUAUGCAUUUUAGAUUCAGAAAUAUGCAAGCUAUAAAUGCAGUUGUCUAUGAAUUCUCUUUUUUUGCCCAUUCAUACUCUUCCCAUUGGUGCAUUUUAAUCCCUUCCAUUGCCAUAUGUGUGUCUUUGCUUCCCCCACAACCAUUGCUACAUUUCUGUCUUAGUCUGCCCAUUGCUUACACAGUGGCACAUAUGGGGUGGGAGUGGCGUAACCUGAACAUCUUACAACAAUGUGGCAGAUGCAAUUUCAUCUUGGAAUCCAAGACAUUAACCCAUGGGUAGGCAACGUAAGGCCCGGGGGCUGGAUCCAUCCAUCUUCUCAAUCUGGCCCUCGGACGGUCCGGGAAUCAGCAUGUUUUUAUAUGAGUAGAAUGUGUCCUUUUAUUUAAAAUGCAUCUCUGGGUUAUUUGUGGGGCCUGCCUGGUGUUUUUACAUGACAAGAAUGUGUGCUUUUAUUUAAAAUGCAUCUCUGGGUUAUUUGUGGGGCAUAGAAAUUCGUUCAUAUUUCCCCCCAAAAAAUAUAGUCCGGCCUACCACAUGGUCUGAGGGACGGUGGACUGGCUGAAAAUGUUGCUGACUCCUGCAUUAACCCAAUAACAGAGUUAGCUGCAUGGACACCCAUGCCGUGCAUGGGGGGGGGGGCACUGUGGCAUCAGCAGCGAAGCAGGCAAUCCCCUGCACACUGCAGCGUCGGGCGAGCGAUCCCCUGAAUGCUUCGGCGGCAGGGCGGGCAAUCCCCCCUGUGUGUGACGACAUGCCUUUUUGUCACACACCCCUCAGGAAUGACAUCCAGGGCGAGCAACCCCCACCACACACCCCUUCCUACGCCCCUGCAUCAACCUCAAGGAAGUUGUGGAAGGAAAGUUCCCCAUCUCUCUUGUGUCCACCUGACUAAAAAUCCUCUUUAGAGUGUUGGGGUGCAUUAUUGAAUAAUGUAGGAUGAUGUGCAGGAGAUUGCUGGAGGAAGGGAGAAACAUCCCAAUAUAUUUUUGUAUAUUCUCUCUCACAAAAACACACCUCGGGGUAGCUGGCAGGUAGUGGGGGCACUGGUGGCUGUGAUGCAGGAGAGGGAAAACUUUCCUUCUAUGAACUCUCUCAGGAUCCAAGCUGAUGGAAUUAUUUGGAAGCUUGUGCAUAAUAGAAUAUUUAGUCCUUUUAAAAAGUGUGUAAAACAGAUUGCUUCUACAACAGAUGGUAGUUUUUUAAAAAAAAUAAUCCUGUUUUAGUGUUCUCUUUUUACCUCUAAAGACCCAAAUGAACUCACUGACUGGACUAAUUUGGUAUCUAUUCAUGUAUUGGACAGCUCAGUUUCAUUUGAGCUGCUUGCAUUACCUAAACAACCAUCGAGAUAUCCUCAAACGUUUUGGAAGUUGCUGGGUGCAUCAUUGUUAUUCUGUUGUUUUGUUAAUGAUUUGUUAUAACUUUAGUUCACGUAUUCUGACCAAAACCUACCCCCUUCAGGUUACAGAUUAUGCCAUUGCAAGACGCAUUGUGGAUCUUCAUUCUAGGAUAGACGAAUCGAUUGAUCGCCUGUAUUCACUAGAUGACAUCCGAAGGUAUCUUCUCUUUGCCAGGCAGUUUAAACCCAAGGUAAUGAGACAGACUUCAGCAUUAGGUUGGGAUAGCUCAGUCAAUAGAGCGUGAGACUCUUAAUCUCAGGGUCAUGGGGAUUAGACUCAAUGACUCUUGUGGUCCCUUCCAACUCUACGAGAUCUGUGAUUCCAGAGAGUUUGAGCACAGCAUGGCGUGAGAAACUUGAAAUGAUACCGAAUGUAUAGUGGUUACUUUGACUUCGACAUAGUUGUUGCUAAUGCUCAGGCUCACGUACGAGCAUGCCUGGUUAAUUAGGAUGUAGUGUAACUGGUAUCUACUUCUGUGGAAGCGAUUUGGAGCCAGUUGGGUUUGCCUAAAGUUUAGUGUGUCUGUUGUUUGAUGGAGCAAGAAGUGUUCAGGUGAGCCAUUGUGGUGAAGUGGUUGGAGUGUUGGGCAAGAGAGACCAGAGUAGGAAUCCCCACUCAGCCAUGAAGCUCACAGGGUGACCUUGGGCCGCUCACUCACAGGGUUGCUGUGAAGAUAAAAAGGGGAUGGGGGACAGAUUGUGCAUGCCACCUUGAGCCCCUUGGAGGAGAGAUGGCAUAAAUACAAUAAAUAAAUAAUUUGGUACUGUAUUUUUGUGCCGCUUUUGUCAAUGACAGUAGACAGGCACGUUUUAAUUACGCAAUAAUUUUUUUUAGACUGAUUCUUUCUUGUUGUUCAUUGCAAAUAAAUGUCGAAUCCAUAUCCAGCUGUUGAUCUAGUUUGUAAUGGAAGUUUGACUCUCCCGCCCCAAUGAAUAUAUGAAGUUUAUAAAUGGGAAGUGGUGCACAGUUUCACUAUAGCUUUCCACAUUUUCCCUUCAUUCUCCAAUAGAUUUCUAAGGAGUCGGAGGAUUUUAUAGUUGAACAAUAUAAGCGCCUUCGCCAGAGGGAUGGUUCCGGCAUUACAAAAUCGUCAUGGAGAAUCACAGUGCGGCAGCUGGAAAGCAUGAUUCGGCUGUCGGAAGCAAUGGCACGGAUGCAUUGCUGCGACGAGGUAGCUAAACUUAAUGGGGCAGCAUGGAGCAGGACAGAGCUUUGACCAAUGCAGCUGUUCUUAACAUUUUUAUUCUGUUUAAGCAUGCCCAUGGUUCAUUCUCAUCAUUUUAAGCAUACAUUUUGGGAUUACUGUCGCUUGAAAUGAAAACCUUUUAUAUGAAUGUUACAUGUUCAGUUUGUAAAUAGUCCAGUGCUAGCUUAUGUUUCUACAUAGGGGUGGAAAUGCUUAUCCCUCAGAAGUUUUUAGCUGAAAUUUUAGACCAGCUGCAAGUUUUUGUGUGGCCCACAAGCCUUCAGUCUUUAAGAGAGAGAAAGAGAGUUAAGUAAAAGACAACAACUUUAUGAACUGUAUCUUUAGCUUUCUUCAUUUAUAGAAGUUGGUGGUGUCUGGCGUUUGACUGUGAAUCCAGUGUUAGUGGAGCCUUCCUCCUUGGCACAGGGAAGGGGGAUAAGUUGGAAAGUACUCUUGUUGCUUCUAUGGCCAAGAGAUGUUUUGGAGCCCAUCAAUCGUAUUGUGUAUAAAUUUUUGCACGUGUAUAUUUUGCUGUACACGGCCUUGGAUUUUUUUUAUAUACAAGUUCAUGGCAUGUAAUUUUUUUAAUAAAUAAAUAAUGUGUGUUUGGACAGGUAUUUCUUUAUUCAUCUUGACUCUUCUUAAACAUUUGUAAAGGUCCAUCCAAAACAUGUGAAGGAAGCCUUCAGGUUAUUGAACAAAUCCAUCAUCAGAGUUGAAACUCCAGAUAUCAAUUUAGACCAAGAUGAAGAACAAGCCAUUGAUGAGCCUGAGGCCCAUGAUGGAGUUCAGAGUGAGUAAUUUGCUGAUGAACUAUAGACUAUAUCCGACUUCCACAACCUGUGAUGCCCUCUAGAAUGUUUUAUAAUACAGCUCCUAUUGUCACCGGUCAUUGGUCAUGCUGGCUGGGGCUGUUGGAAGCUGUGAUCCAGAACAUUCAGAAGGCACCAGAUUGGGGAACACCUGACAAAUGUUUUUACCUGAUAGCCUCAUUGAAAGCUGUUAUGAUAAAGGUCGCAAAAUAAAUCUCUUAAUAAUAAAAUAAUCCUUGGAACUUGCUUGUUUCUGGGUCCAGUUCAGGUUCUAGUUUUGUCCUUUGAAGCCUUGCACAGCCUAGGGUUCUGCCUAUCUGAAGGAUAUAUACACACACACACAUAUAUAUAUAUAUAAAACACACACACACACACAGACACACACACACACAUACACACACACACACACAUAUAUAUAUAUAUUUCCUCCAGUACUCUUGAAGCAUAGUUAAAAACAAGCUAUGGUUUAGCGUGAAGAAAACCAAAGUUUCUUCCUGGCUUUAUUGCUCAUGGUUUGUUUUGAAGGAGAAAAACUAAACGCCCAGGUUCAGACUUCAUGACAAGUCAGGCUCUGGCUUGUUUUCUUGGCGGUGCAGCAGCAACAGGAGGCAGAGUGGAGCAGAGCAUCUUUUAGCAGUGUGUGCUACCAUGCUGUGCAUUUGCCUUAAGCCAGUAGGUUUAAGAUCUCAAGUGGAACCUUUUUAGUGCUGGAGCUCUUGCUUGGCAUUCCCUGCUUGGCAUCUUCUCAACAAGUAUUUAAUCCACCAAAAAGCUUUUAAAUAAAUUGGAUUUUUAUUUGAAACCUGUUUUGCUUUUUAUAUGUGGUGGACUUAGUGUGGACUACUAAGAGAACCCAAUUUGGACCCAAUAUAUAAGCUUUAACCACAAUCAUGUAAUCUGUUACCAAGGAGUAACUCCCAUUGAAGUCAGUAGGGCUUAACUCUGAGUAGAUAUGUGUCUUAUGGAGCAGUAAAUCAGUCAAUACUGUGCAUUGGUCUAAUCAAGAUAAUAGACAUCGUAUCGUUCAUAUUUAUUGUUUUGAAAAUAAGAACUAUGCUCUGAAAUCCUUAUGGCUACAGAACUGAAAAUGAUAAGGUAUCUGUUUGGAAGACCCCAUAAAAUCUUAGCCACCUAGAAUAUAUAGAUAACAUCAUUUGAUAUGAUAAGAGAAAUGCAAGUGCUACACUUUCAAAAUGUUUGUUCUGGGUAGAGGGGGGAAAGCAGGCAAUUAAGUCAUUCAUGAUGUGCUUCUAUUGCUGCCUCUGUCCCCACCUUGGCAUAAUGUGAACAAAAACUUUCUGUGCUCAGGAGAUGGAGACACUGCAGUUGUUAAUGGCUUGGUGAACGGCAUCAAUGGACAUGCAGAUGAUCUGAGCAAGGAUGUGGCACCAAAGGCUUCCCUAAGGCUUAGUUUCCCUGAAUAUCGCAGAAUCUCAAACCUCAUUGUAAUGCAUCUGAGAAAAUCGGAAGAAGGUAAGAAAUCGUUGUCUUGGUGCGUGCGGAAUUAAGUACAUGCUUAGUAAUCACAUUGCAUGUUCUUUGAAAUCCAAGUGCAAGCCACUGGGAAGGUCUCAGAUUUGGAGCGUGUGGGGUUAUGUGGUUUAAGCCAUCCCUCCCCAGCUACAGUCCCCAUGAAAUCAUCUCCUUCUCCCACCCUCCGACUUACCAUUACAAGAUGAUUUCCCCCUAAUGCUAACUGUAGCAAGAGUUGGGGGAGGAAGUAGGGUUGUGGACAGCCUGCCAAAUUUGAUUUGGGGCUCAAUUCAGCAAUUUGGAUCAGCAAGUUCUGCUCUUCCCCCCACCCCCAAAAAAAUAUAAAUCCUGGAUUGGAAGGUCUUAGCUGUAAAUAAUAAACAAAGUCCAGCUCCCCUUCUAUCCUGCCAGCAAGCGUUUUCCUUAUAUGGUGUCUUGACUUCCUGAAUCAUUUUUGAAACAUUUUUGAGGCAGUCAGUCUGGGAUUUCAGAGUGUUUUAUCAUCGUCAUCAUCAUCUUGCUUUCUUUUCUUCCUGCAGAAGAUGAUGACACCUCCUUAAAAAAGAGUGAACUUAUCAACUGGUAUUUAAAGGAAAUUGAAUCAGAAAUAGAUUCUGAAGAAGAACUGAUAAAUAAGAAGAUGAUAAUAGAAAAAGUGAUCCACCGUCUUACACACUAUGUACGUACACCUAUACCUGAAAUUGUAAGGUUUUUUUUGAAGUAAAAAUCCUACUUUAAAUUCCUUGAAGGAUGUGAUGAUAAAAAUAAUGUGGUCUUUGAUUAGCUCAGUGCAUAUAGUGCAUAAACUAUAUGCAUGUUUACCUUGUGACACAUGGCACUGUGUUAAAUCUGUCUUGCUUCCAAGCAAGUAUAUAUAGAAUUGCAUGUCCUGUUGUGUUUAGUGGAGCUUAGUUCCAGGUAGGUGUGCAUAUGAUUGUAAUCUAAGGUUGCAAUACUGCACAUACUUGGGUGCGAGUUCACUGAAUCAGUAGUACAUUCUUCCAAGUAGAUAUGCAGAAGAAUGCACUUGAUGGGCUGUUGGUGGUAGCCUUUAAUUCUGGCGCACAUAAGUUUUGUGAGAAAUGGAGAUGAAGAGGGCAUGAUAUUAAUUGCUGAAUUGGAAGUACAGUGGUACCACUGGUUACAUACUUAAUUCGUUCUGGAGGUCCGUUCUUAACCUGAAACUGUUCUUAAGCUGAAGCACCACUUUAGCUAAUGGCAUUUUCCUUUGAAAUAAGUAUGCUUGUGACUGGGGUGUCUUACAACGUGUGACCUAGGACUCUUCAGAACAUGGCCUGACUGAGGCUCUCUGUAUUUCAGGACCACAUUCUAAUUGAGCUCACACAGACAGGGCUGAAAGAUUCCGUGGAAGGACAGAGCAUUGAUGAAGAAGACCCUUACCUUGUAGUUAAUCCUAACUACUUGUUGGAAGACUAGGGAUUAUGAAACAAUUCUACAGUCACAACGCAUCCAUUCCCUAUUGGAGACCAGCACUCAACUGGCUAAUUUUAUAUCUUAUCUGUCUAUCACUUUUGUACAUAGUUGGAUACCCAAAAAAAGCUUUGUCACAUAAUUCACCCAUCUUCUCUUUUUAAUUCUCUUUUAUUAAGGGAAAAGCUGCUCCAUUCCUUUCCAGAAAAAGGGCCCUGCAACCUAACAGGGCAGCUGUUUAGAACAAAACUUCCAUAUCCUCAGCUCCUUUUAUGCUUUUUACAUACUUUUUUUCUGCAUCUCUGUAGCAUAAUCUUAUGUUGUAGGUUGACUCCUAUCUUAAUUUGUGAAAAAUAAAGUAUUCCUUAUAUAC